UUCGCGAGAGUCAAGUCAAUUAUCAAUGCUCUCCAUACUCCACUCUAUACCAGCUUAGUGCCAUACAUUCGUCAUAUCACUCCUUGGACUUCCGAAAACCUUGAGCAGAACCAAGGUACUACUUGGAUCAAUCAGAGCCUUGGCCAGGCAGAGUUGGCAAGUAGUAACAGGUAAGUCUAAGUACUGAUCAUUCCUCCUCUGAUCCCCUCCUGCCGAUCACAUUCCCCAAGACACACGCGCCAGAGACAACCACUCUCUCUGUCGCUCUCCUCCUCUACCUGACUCGUCCCUCGUUUCUUCCACUUUCCUAAACCGUCUUUUUGUAUGGUUUAGUCCAUUCUCUUCGCAUAGUUCGCGAUCGAGUCUUACCUCAUCUUUCUGUUGUGUCUUGCCUUCUCUUUUUUUGUGAUUAUCUUUCGAACGAACCCCUAAGAUGUUGUCAGCUCCUGUAAGAUCGGCCAAGCGCAUAUCGUCGCUCUUUUCAUUGGGGUCAAACAAAGAUGGUUCUCUCUCCUCAUCACCAAACUCUCCGAGCUUCCCGAAGCACUCUCCCGACCAAUACCCGCAGGAUGUACAGCAACGACCACGGAGCAGCUCCCGCCCCGCGCGAUUAGUAUCCAAUCCUCAGUCCGACUAUUCAGAUACCCGGAGCAUCAGAACGACAGCUCCCAUCGAUCAAUUCGACUUGGAUGAGCCUCUGCCUCCGCCUCCGUCACUCCUGGCCGUGAACCAGGAUCUUGCCAAUAGUGCCAACAAUUCCCCCGAUGGCAGACCGCAGAGCAGAGGCAGACCCUCCAGCGCUGGGGGAUUAUUCGUUCCCGGAACUGGACCAGAUUCGCGCCCGGGGACCCCUUCAAAACGACGGAGCUGGAUCCCGGGACGAGCGCGAGCGAGCUCUGUAGAUGCGAGACCUCAGAAUACAAAUACUCAUAUGCCGAGUGCUUGGAUCGCCGGGUUGGAUCAGAAGAUCCUAUAUGAUAUGGGCCCUUUGAUCCGGGGCGAACAGGUUCCGGAAUUGUGGAAUGAAAACGGUGACACUUACGUCUACCUGUUCCCGCAAAACACUGGACGGUCACCCUCGUUCAAAGUCCAUUCAACCAUUUUCGCUGAAUCACCGUCCCUCACAUUCCUUGCCCGGGGCACAGACCUGAACAGAGUGAACGCCUUGGAGCAACAAGCGCGCUCCAUGUCAUUGAGUAGUCCUAUGACCAGUCCCGCCUCACCUCCCCUGACUCCUCAGGACGGAUACGCCGACAAUGAUAAUGACAGUACCGGCAGUAGGCGGAUGGCCUUUGUGGAUGAUGAGGGAUUGGACGAGUUCCAAGAGCUUCAUCUAUACCUUCCAAUACCGCUAAACUGCGAUGUGUCCAGUCCCGACAGUCGAAUCUCGCCAGAGGACACUGAGACACUCGUUUUAUUCCGCAAUCUCUUCGCCUUCCUCCUUGGCCAAUCCCUGAUCGCUACUCCCCGGUCACCCACGCUCUUCUCGAUCUUCAUGGAUGUGGCCAGUCUACUGUCUCGCUUCGAGUUCAGCAACUUUGACGGAACGAAUUUCGGCGAAACGGCCACCAGCAGCUUCAGCAACUACUGCGACGAACUGCAACUUGACGAUGUCCGGAAAAGCCGAGAAAAGACCAUUGAGGCCAUCGUUCUGGGAGAACGUCUGCGCUUCUUUCCCCUGUAUCUCGAGGGCUUCGUCCACGGUGUCGGUAAGCUGGACGAGCUGAAGCAGCUGCGGAGCCCCAAGUUCAGCCUCAUCAGCCCCGUCACACAAAAACGGAUGGAACGUGGCUUUAUCGACCUGGAUACGCGCCUUCGAGUCUUGCAUAGCAAGUUGAACGAGUUUGAUUUCCCUUCGGUGUUCUCCGGUGUGGCCAACUCGACCACGUCCGCGGAAAGCAAGGUCGUUCGAUUCAAGCUGUGGAAGGCGGCAUUUAUGGAGUUCAGACGGUUUACCAUGCACUACUACCGACAAAAGUACGGCUCAUGGCCACCAAAGGCCCGGUCGAAGAAGAAUCAAUUCGAAGAGAGCGGCCUCAACCGCCAGGUCUUGAAGGACCUGUACGACGACUUUGCCAAUCUGUACGACAUGCUGGUCGAUCGGACAGCCCUGACCACCCGAACCGUGGAUAUGGCGGCCCUGGAGACGGCCGGGUCCGAAGACGCGCAGGAAGUCAUGAUCCGUGCCCUCCGCCAGGUGUUGAGUGAGUACGACCGCGCCACGCCGCCGGUUCAGCCACCCAUCCCAUUCGACGUUCCCCAGUUCCCGUCAUUGGACUCGCUGCAGCUGAAGGCUGUGGACCCCAAGAAGGAGGCCAAGCGAAGGGCCAAGAAAUUGAAAGACUCGGACAUCAAUGCCGUGCUCAUGGGCUCGUACACGCGGGAGAGUAUGCGGCCAACCCCCUUCAUCGAAGCGUUUAUGCAAUUCGAACGGCGCUGUGCGCACGGCAAGAAUGUUGAAGAUCUCAUCGAUCUCCGCUGCGGUCAGUGGAUCUUCCUCUACUGUGUGAUCCAAGCUCUACCGUUGCUCGUCGUGGAUGUACAGGAUGUCAAGUACACCGAAGGCGUGGAGUAUCUUCUGUGCAUCGCACCCCGCGGUGGUGCACCCUGGAUCCACAACGAUGGCAAGACAGCACGUAGCUGGUUUGGUGUUGCUGGCGGAGCUGGGGUUGUCAGCCUGCCUUCGGACGUCGUGGUCAACGGCGUCGAGGGUAUCUACCGCCGCAGUCAUUGCUGGCAGGUGGCGGAGCAAUGGGCAGAGAAGGACGCCAUUUUGGGACCUCCGACCAUCGAUGACCCCUAUGACAACGAAUCCUCGCUGUCUUCCCCCUACCCGGGACAGCCAUCGUCGGGCGGUUCGUCCACUGAGCAACCCCAGCAACCGGCACAACUCCUGACUCCCAACGGUCUCACUCCACCACCGCCUCCGGUGAUUCCUCGCGCCAGCUCACCCGCUGCGCGAGCUCGAACCGAGCACCGCCAUUCCAUUUAUCCGGGUCUCGAGGCCCUCCCAUUGCCCGCUGGAGUUGCGCCCGUUGAUCCACCAGCGAGGCCCAUCAGCCGGUUCAACCCCAACAUGAGCUUCGACGAUAUUCUGAAGCAGGUUCCCAACCAAAGAGCGAAGAAAUGAGAACCCUAAUAAUCCGUGUACAGAGUCCAGGAGAGAACGCCUCCUAUGCCAUUGUUUCUGUUUCUGGAGCAUUGAAUUAUUCACUUCAUCUGAUCUGCAUUACUACUUGUCCGAUUCCCAUAUCACCUUGUCCAGUCCGCAUUCCCCCUUCAUUUACUGCUUUAUUCCAUUUCUGUUUUGUCUCUUUAUUAUUGUUCAUUAAUCAUUCAUGGAGUGCACACAUUUUACAAGGACCAAAGGGAUGGGCCGGCGCAAUAUAAGACU